UUCCCUUAGGUGACUGUUCAUUGGAUAUAUGGCUCACACAAAUGAAUCAGUGGUCUCUGAGUUUGUGUUGCUGGGACUCUCUGGUUCUUGGGAACUUCAGCUUUUCUUUUUUGCAAUAUUCUCAAUUGUGUAUGUGGCAUCUGUGCUAGGCAACAUCAUGAUUAUUGUUAUCAUUUCUUCUGACUCCCAUCUGAACUCUCCUAUGUACUUCCUGCUUAGUAAUCUUUCUUUCAUUGAUAUCUGCCAGUCUAAUUUUGCCACACCCAAGAUGCUUGCAGACUUUCUUGCUGAGCACAAAACUAUCUCUUUUGAGGGUUGCAUGGCCCAGAUAUUCCUUCUUCACAGUUUUGUUGGGAGUGAGAUGAUAUUGCUUGUAGCUAUGGCAUAUGAUCGAUUUAUAGCCAUAUAUAAGCCCCUGCACUAUGCUACAAUCAUGAAUCGGAGAUUAUGUAUAAUUUUUGUAUCAAUUUCCUGGGCUGUGGGUAUUCUUCAUUCUGUAAGCCACUUGGCUUUUACAGUGGAUUUGCCAUUCUGUGGCCCCAAUGAGGUAGAUAGCUUCUUUUGUGACCUUCCCCUGGUGAUAGAGUUGGCUUGCAUGGAUACUUAUAAAAUGGAAAUUAUGACCCUAACUAACAGUGGCCUUAUAUCACUGAGCUGUUUUUUGGCUUUAAUUAUUUCCUACACCGUCAUUUUGAUCACUGUCCAAUGCCGAUCCUCCAGUGGGUCUUCCAAGACUCUUUCCACAUUAACUGCCCACAUCACUGUGGUGAUUCUUUUCUUCGUACCUUGCAUUUAUUUCUACAUAUGGCCCUUUAGCAGACUUUCUGUGGAUAAGUUCCUUUCUGUGUUCUAUACUGUUUGUACACCCCUGUUGAAUCCCAUCAUCUACUCUCUGAGGAAUGAAGAAGUUAAAUCUGCCAUGCGGAAAUUGAGAAACCGUCAUGUGAACUCCUGGAAAAACUAGAGAACUACCAAGAGGGAGGAUAAUCUUGAAUGUGAAUGAAAAAACUCCAGUGGAUCACAGCAUUGUGUAGCCAUCUCUGCUAAUGAUACGGUUUAUUUAGCUAUGGAGUUGUUAUUUUGCCCUAAGUGCAAGGGAAUUGCAUAAUAUUCUAAAUUGUCCUGAAAAUAUUUAGUAAUACUUUAAAAUAUUUUAUGGAGACAAUAGAUUCGAAUGGAAAAAAAAAAGCUAUUCAUGUUUCUAAACUUGUAAUAGGAGCCUUGGUAGUGCAAUGGUUAAGUGCUUGGCUGCUAACUGAAAGGUCAGCAGUUUUAACCCACAUAAUGGCUCUGCAGGGAAAAGACCUAGUGACCUGCUUCCACAAAGAUUACAGUCUACUAAACGCUAUAGAGCAGCUUUACCUUCUCAUAUAAGGUCACUGUGAGUCAGAAUUCACUUGACGGCACACAACAACAAACUUAUAAUUCUCCUUAAUUGAAC